AUGCUACUGUAUGGAUCAGGCUAUGGAACUUUUACUGGUGAAUCAGUCUACUCAACUGGUAAUAAUUCUCAGCCACGUUCAAUCACUACCGCCGAUGUAAAUAACGAUCAGCGAUUGGACAUUAUUGUAGUCAAUUCUGGUACGAACAACAUCGGAAUAUUCCUGGGAAGCAAAAAUGGAACAUUCUCCGAUCAAAUAACAUACUCUCUUGAUGUUCAUGCUCAACCGAGUUCCGUCGUAAUUUUAGACAUUAAUAAUGAUACAUAUUUGGAUAUUGCAGUCGCUAACUUUGGCUCAAGCAAUAUCGCUGUUUUAUUCGGUGAUGGCAAUGGAAAUUUUGGCAAUGGCUUACUAUUUAACACCGGCUAUCGUUCGUAUCCAUAUGCACUCAACGUGGGCGACAUCAACAAAGAUAAUCUAACUGAUAUCGUUGCGACAAACAGUGGCUUUGGAAACAUUGAUAUUAUCAUGAAAGCAUGCUCUUAG